CAAUCAUAACAUUAAAUUCACCAAUUUAUUACAUGUCUAGUUUUCUCUAUGCUGAAUUUGUCCCCACCUAAGGGUUGGAGAAAUCUUAUAGAAUCACCGUAUGUCGUUACAACAGUCCAACAAAACAUGACCCUACAUCACAAUCAUCUUUUUUUUCUUAAGUAAAAAUUAAAAACUUUUACAUUCAUGUCUCAAUUCUCAGAUACUAAACUUUUUAUUCAUCAUCAUCAUCAUUAGCAUGAUCAAGUUAAUACUAAAAAGUUUGUUGGAAGUGUAGUCAUGUGUUACUUUUCUGACAAGAACAUGCUAAUAAAAAAGCACACAAGACAAAAGAAUUAAGUCAAAGUGUAAGGAAGGAAAGUGUUUCUAAAAGAGUGUUUAUUUAUAUAUGCAUUAACAGUGUUUCUGAUUGUAGGGUAGAUUGAGUUAAUGUAAGAAGAGAUAAGAGUAAUGAAGGACUUGUACAUCUUCAACUGCCAAAGGUUCAGGGGUUCCUUGCUUUGCUUGGAGUAGCAUUAAAGACAAUGUUUCAGAUCUUCUUUUUUCUCUCUUUCUUACCAGCACAAACCAAAUGACAAACAAAAAGGAAACUAGCUUUUAUAAGAGGAAAGUUGUGUUUUGCAUUCAUGUCUUUGUAACUUUUGGUUGAAAAAUAAAAAUGAGGUUUGGUUUUGAGUUUCUUACAAUGAUGUUGUUUGUCAUCAUUAUGACAGUGUUAUUGAUUCCUUUAUCUAUAUCAUCAUCAUCAUCAUCACAAAGGACUCAUGUUUUGAGUGUUGGAAGGUUCCAUGUUGAUAGUUUACAAGAUAGUUUUUUCUUGAAGGAAGAGGUGGUGAAAGUUGAGAAAAUCUCAGGUUUAGAUGAGAAUGAAGAGAAACAAGGUUUUAUAGUUGAAAAGUUUAGAUCUUUACUUGGUUUAAAGAGUUUUCACAAAAGGGUACAUUCUAAAUCCAAUGGUGAAGAAGCUACAUCACCUUCUCCAGCACCGGCGCCGGCACCGGCGCCGUCUCAAGGAUUGCAUUUGCAUUCUCAUCCUCAUCAUCAAAAACAUCAUCUUCAUUGGAAGCAGAUACCAAAGAAGGUUCAUCAUGAAGAUGAUAGAGGAAGAAGAGAUACAAGAAUACUAGUAGCUGUUUUUGUUUCUGUUGGAGUUGCUUCAUUGGUUGGUGCUUUUGGUUUGAUGCUAUUUUGCAGGAAGAAAUUCACAAAUCACAAAAAGAAGAAACCAAAGAGGACAAUGCCACUUUGUAGCAGCAGUAGCAAAGGAACAAAAAAAGGUACUAGUUAUCAAAAUUCAGGACUAGAUCUGUUUUAUCUUGAUGCAUUAGGUGAAGAAGAUAUUGAGCAACAAAAUGCUUGUGGCUUGAAAAAGACUAGUGAGGAAAUUGUUUCUGUUCAUCAAGAGGUGGAAAUGGAAAAUUCUGAUAAAAUUGUUGAUGAAGAUUGUGAUUCAUCUGAGGAUGAAAGCUUUCAUUCUUUGGUUGAUUCACAGUCCAAUUUGAGACUCUCUAAUGCUUCUGCUUCUAGUCUUGGUGACACACACUCUAUGUUGUCACCUCAAGAUUCAUUUUCUUUGGUACAAAACCAAGUAUCUGAUUUUCCACAAAACUCAAUCUCAAACAUACAUGAAGAGAUUGAAACCUUUGUGCAAUGUCCAAAAACAUCUACUUUAUCUCCUCCUCCUCCUCCUCCACCUACUCCUCCUCCACCGCCGCCACCGACACCACCAUUGAAAAUGCCACUCUUUUCUUUACAUUCUUCACUAACGUCUUCUUCAUCUAGAGUUUCAUCUCACUCUCCACUUUCCUUAACAUCUCGUACUUUGUCUUCUAUAAAUUCAGAAACUUCUUCAAGAUCAAAUCAAAGUCCUGAAAAAGAUCCAUUUUCUCUAUCUCCACCUAACAACACAAAAUCUCCUCCACCACCACCAUGUCCUCCUCCAUUUCCAAAAGGAAAUAGCAACAACAAGGCCAAAACACCACCUCCUCCACCGUACGAAUUCCCUCAAUCACCACUUGGUAAAGAUGGUAUACCAUUGGCUAAACUCAAACCACUUCAUUGGGACAAAGUAAGAGCUGCACCAAACCGCACAAUGGUUUGGGACAAACUAAGAUCAAGCUCAUUCGAGUUUGAUGAGGAAAUGAUUGAGUCACUUUUUGGGUACAAUUUGCAAAAUUCAAUGAAAAAUGAUGAAAGUAAGAGUAAAACACCCUCUCCAAGCAAGCAUGUACUAGAUCCAAAGAGGCUGCAGAACAUAACAAUACUCUCAAAAGCUCUUAAUGCAACAGCUGAACAAGUAUGUGAUGCACUAAUGCAAGGGAAAGGAUUGUGCUUGCAACAACUAGAGGCACUAGUGAAAAUGGUACCUACCAAAGAAGAAGAGUCAAAGCUCUUCAAUUAUAAAGGUGACAUCAAUGAAUUGGGGUCCGCCGAAAAGUUUGUGAGAGCAGUGCUUUGUGUCCCAUUUGCCUUUCAACGAGUAGAAACUAUGCUUUACAAAGAGACUUUUGAUGAUGAAGUUGUUCACCUAAGAAACUCAUUUUCAAUGCUAGAGGAGGCAUGCAAGGAGCUGAGAUCAAGCAGACUAUUCUUGAAACUUCUAGAAGCAGUACUAAAAACAGGAAACCGAAUGAACGUUGGAACGAUAAGGGGAGGCGCAAGAGCGUUCAAACUCGACGCGCUACUCAAGCUAGCAGAUGUGAAAGGAACAGACGGAAAAACCACCUUACUCCACUUUGUUGUUCAAGAGAUUGUCCGUUCAGAAGGAAUAAGAGUUUCAGACAGCAUAAUGGGAAAAAUAAGCCAAAAAAGCAACAAAAACAGAACAGAAGAAGAGAAAGAAGAAGACUACAGAAAAAUGGGACUAGAACUAGUGUCAGGUCUCAGCACAGAAUUAUACAACGUUAAAAAGACGGCGACAAUCGACUUAGACGUUCUCGCCAGUUCGGUUUCGAAUCUAUACGACGGGAUGGUUAGGCUGAAACACUUGGUGGAAAAGGAGUUGCAUGAGGAUGAAAUGAGUCAUAAUUUUGUGGUGACUAUGAAGGUGUUCUUGCAAUAUGUGGAUGGAAAUUUGAAGGAGUUGAGAGGUGAAGAAGAUGGAGUGAUAGCACUUGUUAAGGAAAUAACAGAAUAUUUUCAUGGAGAUGUUAGUAAAGAGGAUAAUCCACUUAGGAUAUUUGUGAUUGUGAGAGAUUUUAUGGGCAUGUUGGAUAAUGUUUGUAAAGAGCUUAGAAAGAGUAAAGGCUCACGUACUCCAAAUCCUCUUGCACCUUUUAGAUAGAUUAGGAUUUGACUUUACUUACACUUUUAUGUAUGUGUGUUCAUAGGAAUUUUUCAAAUUUUCAAACUUGAGUGUAAUUUUAUUUUCAUUUUUUAUGGUAUGAACUUUUGGUAUAUGUGGA